AUUUGAUCCCCCUUCAUGUUUUGUCAGGUGCUGUUUCCCAACACUACGCGGAGCUGCAUGCGUGCUGUGCUGGAGUAUCUCUAUACGGGACGCUUCUGCUCUCGGCCGGAUCUGGAUGCCAUGGAACUCAUUGUACUCGCAAACCGUCUCUGUCUGCCUCACCUGGUCGCGCUGACAGAGCUGUACACUGUGACGGUUCUGACUGAAGCUGCUAUGAUGGGAGCUGAUAUAGAUGGAGAUGUUCUGCUCUAUCUAGACAUGGCCCAGUUCCACUGUGCUCAUCAGCUGACCGACUGGUGUCUUCACCACGUCUGCACCAACUACAAUAGAGUCUGCCGUAAAUUCCCUCGUGACAUGAAAGCCAAAUCUACAGACAACCAGGAGCAUUUCGAGAAACAUCGCUGGCCUCCGGUGUGGUAUCUGAAGGAAGAGGACCACUAUCAGCGGGCUCGCAAGGAGCGCGAGAAAGAAGAUUACCUGUACCAAAAGCGUCAGUGUAAACGCAAAUGGCUUUUCUGGAAUCUGCCAUCUUCACCGUCCUCUCCGUCUUCUCCUGGAUCCUCUGCAGUCAUCUGAUCGGCUCUCAGGGUGCACAAUGCAGCCCCUAAAUGCGGGAUAUAACCACACGACAAGGAAUCACAGCCUUUUUUCAGCUAUACAAGAUUACCUUUUCACCUUUCCGUUAAGCAAAAAUACCCAAGCCCUGCUUUUAGCUGCUGAAGAACACGCAAAAAAUGAAAACAAGACAGAGAACACCAGUCAAAGUAAUCAAAGCACAUCUUGUUGCGUUCUCUGCUUCUACGCUGGUCGGAUUUCUCAUCAAAUCAGCUUUAGCAGAUCAUAUCCUGCAGCGGUAGAGCUUAAAUACCUGUUCACCUCUACUGUUAGCAUCCCAAAAGCUGCAUAUCUUCAUCUGUAUAGAAACUUAUUCGUAAUUUAAAGUGCUUUUUAGCUCUAAAGGAUGUGACCAGUGCAACAUUUUAGAGCAACCAGCAACAUGUGACAAACCUGAAUUCCUCAGUGUUUUGGCAGUCUACAAUCAAACCACUUCGACAGACCCACGUUCUCAAAGAUUCAGUUCGACAACUAAAGGUAUUAUCGUGACAUUUAAAGGCUGUAAGAAAGGAUCCAUGGCAAAAAUGUUGAUUAGCACAGAAAUGUAUAAUAUAAUGGGCAUUUACAAUGAAAAUAUACAGGGUGGGGCAAUAAACGUUAAAAUGCACACACAAUAGAUAAAGUCUAGCCACAAAAAAUUCUUUGCAUAUGUAUUAUGAAGUACAUCUUACUGAAAGAGCGUAUCAAAAAAGAAUAAAUGUAGGCAAGUGACUUGGUUCUGUAUAUUAGUUGCUGAUUAAAUGGAGGCUGAUUUGAAUGCACAGUUAAAGUGGACUAAAUGGUUGGUCCAUCUUACAGCACCAGAGAAAAGUCCGGCAUUUGCCCAAAAGAUCAAGUUAUGUCAGUUUGAUAAAGAAUUGCAAAGUUAAAAAAAGAAAUAAUUAUAAUAAUGUACACAAUUUUGCAACCCAUUCUGAUUAUGUACCCCUAUAUACAUUUCUGGAGAGCGACAAAUACGUCCCAGGAGGUACUUUUUUGUAGUUUUUAUGUUUUUGUUAAUCCACCAAAGGUCACUGUGUACACUUUUUGAGAUCUCAUUUUUCUCACAAGUGCUAUUCGCACCUACGUAAAUCCAUCAGAGCCCACUGUCAACUGACUGAACGAUUGACUGACCAACCCUGCUCCACCAGUAGGGCUGGGCGAUAUGGGCAAAAAAAUCAUAUACUGGUAUUUUUAGCAGCAAUGACAGUAUGCAAUAUAUAUCCGGUAUUUUUCCAUAAAUGGUUACUUGAAAGUUAAAGCCUUUAUUAAGACUUUAUUAAACAUUUUUUGAGCAAAAUAUAAUAUAAACACAGGAAUUUUGCGGUAUAAAUUCAUUUCAUGUUGGCGUUUUUAAUUCUUUCGAACACAUUCAGGUGCUGCUUGUCAAUUUUAUAUUGAUAUGAACAAUAUUGGAUAAUCCCGCAUCGCAUUGGGGAAUCAUAUCGAUAUUAUUCCCAGAACUCGAUAUACCGCCCAGCCUCAACUGACAAUGUUUUAAAAACGCACCGACUGACCAAACCCUCUUUCCUAAACCCAACCGACAGUGUUUUCAAAAGCAAUCCAGAAAAAGAAAAGCCCUCGUGGCCACCUGGUUUUUACCACAUUUUCAGAUUUUACCACAUUCU